AGUGACACCUCUGCGCAGGCACAGACAAUCUUUGUAACAAACAUGGCUGCGCACUCGUGAAUGUCAUGCCGUCUAAUCCAUGUCUUGAAUUUCACCAGAUUUAGCGCAGUUACCGGUACGUUGUAAAUUUACCUGAGGUUGCAGUUCUGUCAGCAUCUUUCUCCAUCACUCCCCGGUCGUGGAGAAUAUUCUAGGCCCCUAAAAACCUGACAGAGUGGAUCAUAGACUCCCAUGCUAGCAUAGCAGCUGACCGGUAGAGAACCUCCGACGGGGUCGCGAUGGAUCCCGAUCAACAGCUGAGAAAUCUGCGGGAUUUCCUCCUGGUCUACAACCGAAUGACUGAAAUCUGCUUCCAACGAUGCACAAGCAACUUCAACUACAGAAACCUCACCAUGGAAGAGGAGCGCUGCGUGGACAGCUGUGCAGGGAAGCUGAUUCGCUCUAACCACCGCCUGAUGGGAACCUACGUGCAGCUGAUGCCUCGGAUGGUGCAGCGCCGGGUGGAGGAGAUGGAGAGCAAAGCGGCGGCGGCAGCAGCAGCAUCUGCAUCUGCAUCUGCAUCUGGAUCUGGAUCUGCAGAGGCCGUGACCUCAGAGGCCUCUGAGAGUCCCGUCAACCCGGCCGAACCUCCACAACUUCCUGCCGCAGUGACUGAAUUUUCACCGGAGGUCUCAGUCUUUGAGUCGGCGGGAUUGGACGUCUCGCCAGCCGCAGCGUCCGCGGGGGGGAAGCUCUCAGAUCAGCUUUCACUGAUAUCCAGAACUGAAAAUGCAGAUGUGUCCGUGCUUAAUGAAGCUGCGCCUUCCUAUUCCACCGAAUUUCCCAAGGUGCCUCUACCUGAGGCCCGGGUCGAUUCGGGCAGCUCUGAACCGGCAUCCCUCUCAGUCGAUGUUUUAACAGCUGCUCCUGCUGUUUCUAAUUUGGAAGGCCGAACAGCCCCAGGAGCCCCCCCUCCACCGGGCCAGUAGUAACUUCACUUUUUGUGAUCAAACUGUGAAAUCUGACCCUGGAGUCCCACUACUAACAGUUUAUAUAUAUAUAUAUAUAAACUCAACUAAGAUAUUUCAACCUUUUUUUUUAAAUGACCUAUCCAGGUAGUUUUACUGCUAGCAGCAAGGGAAAAAAUCUUCAACACUGUUUUGUCUCAACUUGUGGUGUACAUUUUCUCUCUUCUUCUCCCUGACUCAAUUAAUGCAGUCUGCAGGUGGCAGGUGUGUGUGAUGGACGGCUGCAUCAUGGGAACAUGCUGCAGGAGUGUAAUUUACUUUGAAUAAAAGCAGGACACUUGUCAUCAUUACUGAGUGAUUGAUUGGUUGGUUAACAACA